AUGCAAAGCAAACUGCUAUCUCAAAAAAGCGUUCUUUCCACAGAAAGCACAGUGACGUCAUAUCUACUACCUCCAAAUGUSAACCUAACAGUCAAAGUUGCCUUGACAGCAUGCAAUUGUUUGUUGUUGCUAGGAGCGUUACUAGGCAAUGUCUUAGUUGUYGAGGUAGUGCGUUCUAAUAUGCGCAUGCGUACAACAACAAAUGUUUUGAUAAUGAAUAUGGCAAUUUCUGAUUUAUUGAUUGCACUGAUAUUCAUCCCAUCUCAGACGRUCCGUCUAUUUAUUGGCAGUGCUUGGUUCUCUGGGACGAUGGGUGUGAUCACAUGUAAAUUCGUUAUGUCGUCACGAUUGGUUUCAGUGGCGUGUUCGACAAUUAGUCUUGUUGCCAUAGCAAUUGACCGAUAUUACGCAAUCGCACAUCCCUUCCAUCAGCGCGCAAAYCACAAGUCACAUCGAAARAAAUAUAUUGUUUUCGUGGUUUGGUUUGUUUCRCUGUUAAUCUGUGUUCCGCCAAUGAGUUCGUAUAAACUAGUUACUAUUCAGGACACAACUUCGUACUGUACAACUGUAUGGCAGUCAAGAGCUUCCAGUAGAACAUACAUCGUUACUGGCUUUUGCCUAAUGUUUGUCUUCCCUCUUCUCGUCAUUACAAUACUCUACAUCAUUGUUGGAUUCAAACUUCGCCAGCGGGAUUUACCGGCAAAUGAGCAAUACCAAAAACGUGUCAUUGCAACAGCACGUCAGGUGACCAAGAUGAUGGUGAGCGUGGUGAUCUCAUUUGCUAUUUGCAUGYUACCAAUCCAGUUAUACCUGUUAGCACGUUUUUUUGGGAAUGUCGURAUCACAUCGACCKCGUUAUUUUGGGGAUUAUCUAUUACCGCGUUUAUAAGUAAUUUGAAUGCCUUUAUAAAUCCAUGUUUAUACAUCAUAUUCAACGACCAGUUUCGACGAGGUUUCAAAAGAGUAUUCUGUUGUGAUGACGAGACACCGCUGUUCAGUACAUCCGGGGAAAGAARAGGCGCUUUGCAGCUCAUGCAAUGCAAGACAAACGCUGCAAACUCUCAAAAUAAGGAAAGCAGUGAYUUGAAGACAGAGAGCACCAUAAAAAUCAAAGACCAUGAGUCAAAAUCAAAUGAAUCCAAGUUAAAAGCCAAUGGUUUCUCAGCGAACUUCAACGAGGACGGUAUAAAAUUCAACGAGCAUGAAGACAAUAUUUUAAAUCAGAGAAGCAAAAUAAAUAUUUUACAAACGAAUACGGAAGAUGUUGCUUCAAAAAGACGGCUAAAAGAUCUUGAAAAAUGUAAAGAAUUUAAUGAAAAAAGAAGCAGCUCUCCAAAGAUAAAUUUUCAAGCAGAAACUGAAAUCCAUGGACGAUUUAUUAUAAAUGAGAGGGCAAACAUCAUCACUGCAAACUCCGAAACCCAUACAAACACUGUUGCUGAAACUACAGUCAGGGGGGACACCACGAGUCAAACAACUGUAUUAUAAAUAAACCAUAAUGAUCUGUUUGUGUGCAUGUGUUGGGUACAGCUAGUAGUGUGAUAGGCAGCGAUUUGUUGUUGUUGUUGUUGCUGCUGCGCAAGCUAAUUUUAAUGCUUUAAAUAGCUGUAAAUAUAAUAUACUGCUAAAUCAAAUUAUUGCGAGAUCAUGUCUACGUUGUUCAAUAUUWUUUUGCAUAAAUUUGAAAAAGUCAUUUGCCAGGUACUAGCAACCAAAAACAUGUAUGUGUGUGAAACCACUGACUAGCGUCAAAACUGAAGUACAUAUACCUC